UAUUAUUAGUGUGAUUGCCAUUCGGCGUUCGCAGAAUGUUCAUCUCACGCUGUCCGGAAGCUAUUUUACAAGGAUGUCUCUGCCGUACAAAUACGACUUGGCGCAUGCUACCCUCAGUCACACAUAUAGGGCAUCGAUCGUAUAGUUCGUGCUCCACCUUUGAGCUGAACCAGGAUGACUUCAGAGACAUUCAGCUUGCAAGCAGGUCCACAGCUCCUCGGCUACUUCCUCAACUGGGCUCUACUCGGAGUAUUGCUUACACAAGUCUAUCUGUACUAUUUGUGGUUUCCCCAGGACAGAAAGGUUAUGAAAUGUUUGGUCUAUGGCUUGGCAAUCUUCGAGACUGUCCAGACAUCUCUCACAACUGCUGCGGCAUUCGAUCAGUACAUUUAUUCCGACGGGGAUACCUCACGGGUUGAUACAUAUCCCUUUACCUGGUUUUCUGUGCCUAUUAUGGCGGCAAUCACUGCCGCAGUAGUGCAAAUUUUCUACGCGUGGCGAAUAUUCAUGCUGACCCAUUCAUCGCGUUCAUUGAACUACAUUGUACCUGUGGUAGUAGCGAUUCUUGCUUUGUUUCAGUUGGGAGCAGGUACUGCAGGUGGAGUCAAAAUGGGUCAAGCUGGUACUGGCGCGGACUUAGGGCCAGCAGAUGCAUCUUUGAUCACCUGGCUUGUCGGCGCCGCUGUCAAUGAUGUAGUUAUUGCAGUGGCAAUGACGAUCCUCCUACUUAGAGCUAAGACAGGGGUAGCCAGAACGGAUGCCGUCCUUAGUGGAAUCAUACGCCUUUCCGUCGAGACAGGCAGUCUCACAGCCACUUUGGCCAUUGUUGGCACUAUUUUGGUCAGCUUGCCUUCGCUCAAGCGAACGUUGCUGUAUGAAGGGCCCGCGCCUGUAAUCACCAAACUCUAUGCAAAUUCACUUUUGGUGAACUUGAAUAAUCGCGCAUUCAUACGGAAGGACGUCAUGCCAUCUGUUGUGGAAUCAAUUCGCAUCGCUCGCCUAGAUGCCGGACACAGUGCCACCGUUGAUUGGGACACGGAAAAUUCAACGAGAACCGAUCACGGGUCAAACGUGCGCCGUCAAGGAAGGAGAACAACCGAAGACACGGAACUGAAGCUUGAGGAAUUCAAAGCCGCAACAGGAGGUAGCAUGACAUUUCAGACGCGCUCACAAGUGUCUGAUGUCUGAAAUUGGGCGAGACACGCGACGUUGCCCUUGUCGCUAUUGUUGAGGUUACAUGCCGAAGUAGAACAAUCCGCAUUGGUCCUCGGGACA